AUGUGUCAAAGCAGACCGGCGACACAGGAUGAAAUAGAUCGCUACAUUCAAAUUAAGCGCAAGCUAAGCCCCCAGAUUCGAGUUCUUAAACAGCUCUCGAAUGACUAUGCCGAAUUGUAUCCCACCGCUGCUGUCGUGCUCAACAGAGACGCGUAUGUUGAUGAUAUUCCUACUGGAUGCGACAACAUCAAGGAUCUCAUUGCACUCAAAGAUGAAUUGAUUCUGCUUCUUAGCGAAGCUCAAUUCAAAUUGCGAAAGUGGAGCUCAAACUGUUACGCCCUUUUAAAGUCGUUGCCAAAGGAGAUUUGUGAGUAUCCACCAGAGGAUUUAGAGGAAGACCGCUCAUUUCGAUUUGUUAAAGUCCUGGGAUUGUGUUGGAAACCAAAACCGGACUAUAUUUUCUUCAAAUUAGAAACCCCCGCAUUUACAACUGCUCUUACUAAACGCAUAUUGCUUUCAGAACUAGCCAAGAUCUACGACCCGCUGGGUUUGCUUUCGCCAACUGUUGUUUUUCUGAAGAUCCUAUUUCAAGAUAGUUGGCUAAGUUCUGUCGAUUGGAAUGAAGUACUACCGCAGCAAUUAUGUACACGAUGGCAACAGUUUGUAUCGGAAAUGCAUUUAUUGGAAACUUGUCGAGUUCCUCGCUACAUAUCUGCACCACAUCAAGAAAUGGAACUGCACGGAUUUGCUGAUGCAUCAUCUCAAGCGUAUGCUGCCGUCAUCUAUAGCCGCGUCGAAGUCAACAAUGGAUAUGCUGUCAAACUGAUUAUGGCUAAAACUCGCGUAGCCCCUAUUAGGCCUAUCUCUAUUCCGCGACAAGAGUUAAACGCAGCUCAUUUACGCUCUAAACUGAUUUAUCUGGUCAAGCAAUCAUUAACUGUUCCUAUUUCCAGAAUCAAUUGUUGGUCAGACUCUGAAAUAGUCCUGCAUUGGCUAUCUUCUCCGCCUAGGACUUGGAACACCUAUGUUUGCAACCGCACUGCUGAAAUUCUAGAGGUUUUCCCACGCAGCUGCUGGCAACAUAUUCAAAGUGGUGAUAAUCCCGCAGACUGCGCAUCGCGAGGAGUACUGCCAAAGGACCUCGUGGAUCAUCAAAUAUGGUCGAAUGGACCACCUUGGCUAUCUCAGUCACGUUCAGCUUGGCCACCUGUUAAAGCUAAGUUUGUUCUGUCGACAGAAGAAGAGGCCUGCCUAGAGAUGAAGGCUGAAACGAAAGUUAAUCUACACAUUUCCGACGACGGAUCGCUAUCGCUAUCUUCGCUAUCUUGUAUGAUCAACAAAUCCUCCUCAUGGUCCCGUUUAUUAAGGAUAGUCAGCUACUGCUUUCGCUUCGUUCAUCGUCUUCUUGAAAGGAAUCGACUUUCACCAUUCCUAACGGCGUGGGAGCUACAAUAUGCACGAGCUAAGAUCUUUACGCACGCUCAAGAGGAGUUCUUCAACGUGGAGUACAAGCAGUUAACUACCGGACAGCCAUUGUCGAAGAAAUCGAAGUUUUCUCUCUAA